CUUCUUUCGUCCUCUGGUCUGCUUGAGCCUUGACUUGCAUAGACUUUUCGCUUAUCUUGCCAAAAUGGAAACUCUCGUAAUUCAGUUUCCCUUUAUUUCCUUCCUUCUUCAACCUCUCACUUCCUUUUCGGAUUCUAACUAGUAAUUUAGUUAUUACGUCUCUGUUGUCUGUUUCAAUUCUCUUCCAACUUUCCAGGAAAGUGUAUAUAUUGAACCAUGGAUCACAUAUGAAGUAUAAUUAAGAGAGUGAAGGUGGAUUAUUUUUAGUUAUUUGUUUUUUUAUUGUUGUGGCUAUUUUGCUGAUCCAAGAAUGGUAAGAAGAAGAAUGGGGAGAGCUAGUUUCAAUAUUGAAGAGGUUGUGGAAUUCUUCAAUCAUCUCUAUGUGGAGAAGCCUUUUUUACCCUUUUUUAUACCCCUGGUUUUGGUUUGCUGGGGCAUUGAGAGAUGGGUUUUCUCUCUCUCCAGUUGGGUCCCUCUUGUUCUUGCUGUUUGGGCGACUAUUCAGUAUUGCAGUAAUCAACGUCAAAUACUUGUUGAAGACUUGAACAGAAAGUGGAAGCGAGUUGUGUUGAAUACCUCGCCAGCAACACCACUGGAACACUGUGAGUGGCUGAACAAGCUGCUAAUUGAAGUUUGGCCCAACUACAUAAACCCAAAACUUUCAAUAAGGUUUUCAUCCAUGGUUGAGAAACGUCUAAAGCAGCGUAAGUCAAAGUUUAUAGAAAGAAUUGAAUUACUGGAGUUUUCACUAGGUUCAUCCCCACCUUCCUUGGGUCUCCAUGGAAUUCGUUGGUCAACUUUAGGUGAUCAGCGGUUUAUGCAUGUUGGUUUUGAUUGGGACACGAAUGACAUAAGCAUUAUGCUCCUGGCUAAGCUGGCCAAGCCAAUGGGAACUGCUCGGAUUGUUAUUAACAGCCUCCAUAUCAAGGGUGAUCUUCUCAUAGUGCCUGCUUUGGAUGGGAAAGCAAUUUUAUACUCAUUUGUUUCAACUCCAGAAGUAAGAAUAGGAGUUGCCUUUGGAAGUGGUGGAAGCCAGUCGCUACCUGCCACAGAACUGCCUGGUGUAUCUUCUUGGCUGGUCAAAAUUCUUACUGAGACCUUAGUUAAGACAAUGGUUGAACCUCGGCGCCGUUGUUACUCUUUACCAGCAGUAGAUUUAAGGAAAAAGGCUGUUGGUGGAGUUAUUCAUGUGACAGUCGUUUCUGCUAGUAAAAUUUCUAAGAGUAGCUUGAGAGGAAGCCGAAGGCAACAAAAUUAUUCUGCGCACGGUAGUUUAGAAGAGCAUUUUGAUGAUAAAGAUUUGCAAACUUUUGUGGAGGUUGAACUUGAACAGUUAACAAGGAGAACAGAUGUGAGAUCAGGCUCAAAUCCAACAUGGGAUUCAACAUUUAAUAUGGUUUUACAUGAAGAAACUGGAAUUCUUCGAUUUCAUCUUUACAAUUGUAACCCCAACAGUGUGAAGUUAGACUAUCUAGCAAGUUGCGAGAUAAAGAUGAAGUAUGUUGCGGAUGAUUCAACAAUGUUUUGGGCUGUAGGACCCAACUCAGGGGUAAUUGCUGAGCAUGUUGAGUUUUGUGGAGAAGAAGUAGAGGUGGCUGUUCCAUUUGAGGGGCUUAAUUCAGGGGAGUUGUCAGUCAAGCUUGUGUUGAAAGAAUGGCAAUUCUCUGAUGGUUCGCGUAGCUUCAACAAGUUCCAUGUUAGCUCUUGGCAGUCAAUGGAUGGAUUAUCAAAUACUAUUUCAAGAACAGGAAGAAAGAUUAAUGUAAUUGUCGUGGAGGGAAAGGAUCUUACCACAAAAGAAAGAUCUGGAAAGUGUGGCCCAUAUGUUAAACUGCAGUAUGGGAAGGUUUUCCAUAGAACAAGGAGUGCUUAUGCUCCUAAUCCUAUCUGGAAUCAGAAGUUUGAAGUUGAUGAGAUUGGAGGGGGUGAAUACCUUAAGAUUAAAUGCUUUAGUGAAGAAAUCUUUGGAGAUGAUAACAUUGGUAGUGCACAAGUAAAUAUGGAAGGACUGGUUGAGGGUUCAAUCAGGGAUGUGUGGGUUCCGCUUGAAAAUGUGAAUUCAGGAGAAUUGAGGCUUCAAAUAGAAGCAGUGAGAGCUGAUGGUUGUGAUGGCUCAAAGGGUUCCACUACAGGCUCAGACAACGGUUGGAUUGAACUUGUUGUUAUUGAAGCUAGGGACCUUGUAGCUGCUGAUCUCAGAGGGACAAGUGAUCCAUAUGUGAGGGUGCAAUAUGGGAACUUGAAGAAGAGAACAAAGGUUACUUACAAAACAUUAAAUCCUCAGUGGAAUCAGACCUUAGAUUUCCCUGAUGAUGGCAGCCCCUUAGAGUUGCAUGUGAAAGACCACAAUGCUCUGCUGCCUACAUCAAGCAUAGGCAACUGUGUGGUUGAAUAUCAGAGAUUGCCAACAAAUCAGAUGUCUGACAAGUGGAUACCGCUCCAAGGAGUGAAAAGGGGAGAGAUCCAUAUUCAGAUUACUAGGAAAGUUCCAGAAGUACAGAAGAGACUCAGUCUGGAUUCUGAAACAUCUGUAAUAAAAUCUCACGAGUUUUCUAGCCAGAUGAGAGAGAUGGUGAAGAAAUUUCAAUCUUUGAUUGGGGAUCGUGAUCUUGAAGGACUUUCAACAGUUUUGAGUGAGAUGGAAGGGUUAGAGGAUUCGCAAGAAGACUACAUGGAACAGCUUGAGACUGAGCAAAUGCUUCUAUUGAACAAAAUAAAGGAGCUUGGUGAGGAAAUGUUUAACUCAUCAACUUCCAUGAGCAGAAGACCUUCUGUAAGUUGAAAUAUGUUGCCAAUUCAAGCUUGUUUGUUACUAUUAUCCUUUUCAAACAUUAUCUUGUACAAAGACCUCACACUUUAAAUAUGUACACGAAUCUCCCAAUCUGUAGCCCAUGUUUUAGUCACCUUCAUGUUGUAGAAUUUGUUAAUGGCUCAUAACUCUUUCGGUAAUAGAUGAAGAAAUUAGCCUUCGUGUCUUAA